GCAAGGUGUUAUUCCAGCUACGGCAGGAUAUUUGUCCCUAAAUUAAUUAAAAUAUUAUUUGUCUAAAAAGGCCAACAUUUUAGCUAAAGAUCCAAUUCCAAUUUUUUAUUUACUGCAUAUUCGAAACAUGUUCAUUUUUCAAAAAAACCAGCUACCUAGCCCAUAGUGCAUUGUAUCGAAACAUUCAUUAUUCAUUUAUUAGUUGGGAUCCUGUAACAACUAAACGACGACUGUGUUGAUUAAUGCUCCAGUAUAUGUAUUAUUUAUAGCGGAUAAUCUGCAGAAUAGUUAGUCAGAGCAGGCGUGCAAAGGCAAAUAUAGCUUUAAGUAUAUGCAAAUAAUAAUAACUAAGCCCAGUGGGAAUUUAACUUUUGAGCGAUUAAAAUGUUUCGGUAUAUUGUUUUUUCCGUGCUGCUGCUUUAUAUGCUGGUGCAAACGAAACGGGUUGAAUCAACUACGCUUAGCACCCGUCUGGAGUACAAGACAAUAGAUUUCGUGCCGCAGGAAUAUGUAGCUCAGUUAAAACCGUUCGAAUUAAUUGGUCGUAAGUUUUAUUUUAUUGCAAACAAGCAACUCAACUGGUUUCAAGCGGCACAGGAAUGUCGACAAAAAGGCGGUAAUCUAAUUAACCUGGAAAUGGAAGACGAAAGGCUGCUUGUAGGCCUUCGACUGAAUGUGAGUCAAAGCUAUUGGCUGGACAUUAAUCGACUGGGUCAAGAGGAAUAUGUUUCGAUUGCGACGGGUCUACAGACUGGCUAUGAGAAAUGGAUCGAUGAGGAUGUGCAGCAUGUGAAGGACCCCAAUGAAAUGGAUGAAGAAUUAAACUGUGUAGUCUUAGUAAGCGAUUACGAAGAUGGUUUUGUGAUGAAGCAGGCGCAAUGCCUGGAAAAAGCAAACUUCAUUUGCCAACUAUCCUCACCCCGCACAAUUUCCAUUGUGGUGUGGUAGUGUUUAAUUAAAUUAAAU